CUUAUUUGGCAUAUUUCAUAGCAGAUCUGUACCUACCUGUAUUUUACUUUGCAAAAAUCAAACUUUCUUAAAUUUCUGCAAUGGCUUUUAGAGCUUUUACACAAACACAUAUCUAUGAAAAGCAAUCAGCCCCUAAAGAAAAGGACAAAUCUAGCAUCCAGUGCCUUGAGUGCUAUGACCGAAAUGUGUAUAUAGGGACCAAAGAUGCAACAGUCCAGCAUCUAAUUCUUCCUAGUAGCACAAAUGCAGACCUGAGUCCAGGCCAGAGCAAAAUAAGAGAGGGCAAGGCGAGAAAACUAGGCUCAAGCAACCAAGUAACCCAACUGAGAGUAGUCCCACUUUUCAACCAUCUGCUGGUCCUGUGGGACCGGAGCGUUACUGCCCUCAACAUGUUCUCCUUAGAGCCCGUUCACGCUCUGAAAAAGAUCCAGCACGUGUCUUUAUUGGAGGUGUGCAACUCAUCGCUCUCAGCCCAGGCAGCAUGUGUGGAGAUGAUGACUUCGUCCAGCCGCAGGAAGGUGAUCCGGAUCCACGUGGUGGGAGUGGACAGGUGGGAGGUUGUAAAAGAAGUCCCCCUGCUCCAAGACCCUGUGGCCUUGGCGGUAGAUGGUGCCAGCGUGUGUGUGGCAACCAGCGACAGGUAUCUGCUCUGUGAUACUGAGACUGGGAGCAGCGAGGAGCUCUUUCCUCACGAUCACAGCAGGCAGCGCGUCAUUGUUACCUCAGUGGGACAGGGAGAAUUCCUCCUGAACGGGCCUGGAUCUCUGGGCAUGUUUGUGAUGAAGACAGGGAUAUGCCAGCGCCCUCCCCUGCAGUGGCCUCAAGAGGUGCUUGCAGUCGGAGUAUGUUUCCCUUACAUCCUAACCCUGCAGCCCCAAGUGCUGUCUGUCUACAGCAUGGUAGAUCAGCAGCGCAAACAGACUGUGAGUCUCAGCGGAGCGAAGGGUCUCCUCUCCACAUCAGAUGGUGUGUUAGCGUUCACAGAGAGAGACAUUUUCAGCCUGCGUCUGGUGCCAGUCGAAGACCAGAUCCAGGCACUUGUACAGGAUGAGAGGGUUGAGGAGGCAUUGUCACUGCUGGAUGGAGUUCAAAGCCAUCGUCCACUUGACUCAUUCAAGGAGCUGCAGAAGGCCAUCACUUGCCUGGCUGGAUUUGUUCAUUUUUACCAGGAGGGUUUUUCCGUGGCCAGAGAUCUCUUCAUCACAGGUGAGCUGGACCCCAGAGAAAUCAUCCGCCUCUACCCAGACAUGCAGUGGUGUCUCAGCGAGGACUUUCAAUCCCAGCUUGAUCAAGUGAACAAGGGCAGGGAUCUCCGGGUGCUCCGCCACGAGGACAGGAACACAUUUCAUCAUUACCUGGUCUUUCUGGGAGAUUUUCUCAGAGCAGUCAGAGGGACGGAGCAAGGCCUGAAGUGUGUUCAGGAGGUGGACUGCGCCCUCCUGAGGCUGUACGUAGAACUGGGAGAUGCUGAAAAUCUGCAGCAGCUUGUAGCAUUCCCCAAUGAGUGCAGGCUGAAGCACUGUGUUCCUGUUUUGGAGCAACACAACAGAUUUUUUGCAUUAGGUUCCCUCUAUCAAAGCCAUGGAAGUCAAAUUGAUGCCAUUAAGACUUGGGUGAAAAUCGCAGAUGGCCUCCACAAAGACCCCUCUUGCUCAGAUGUAUAUGGACACAUAGUGCGGACUCUCAGUCAGCUGCAAGACAGAGAUGCUGUGUGGAAAUUUGCAGAUUGGACUCUUCAAAGCAAUCAAGAGAUAGGGGUGCAGAUUUUCAACAAGCGUCACCCACAUGAUCAAUUUGAGACACAAGACGUCCUCGCUCUCCUGGAGAAGUACCCACUGGCGCUGCUUUUGUAUCUUGAGUUCUUAAUCCAUGAUUUGAAGAGUGAGGAGGAGAGACAUCACAACCGUCUGGCCCUGGCAUAUGUUACUCAGAUGCUGCAAGAGGAAGAGGAAGCAGAUUUGAGGGAGACCAGAGGGAAGUUGCAGCAGCUGCUAUGGGAAUCCAAGUUCUACGACAUCUCCGCUGUGUAUGAGAGUGUCAAGUCAGCAACCCUGCAUGCAGAGAAAGCGAUUCUCCUGGGGAGGAGCGGUCAGCACUCUCAGGCACUGCAGGUGCUUGUUCACGAGAAGGGAGACCUCCAGGCUGCAGAGGCCUACUGCUGCAGGGCUGCCCAGGGCCGGGACUCCCAGUUCAGGCAGACCCUGCUGUUCACCCUGCUUCAGAUCUACCUGAGCUCGGAGGAUCUCACCAGCGCUGCUGUGGAUCUGCUCAACAACAACCCUGGAGUUUUUGCAGCAGAGAGGAUCAUCCAGCUGCUGCCCGAAUCGUGGUCUAUUCAACUGGUCUCUCAGUUCUUAAUUGGAUCCCUCAGAGAGACCUUCCACCAGAGGCGGAUGGUGAGGCUGCAAAAGGCUUUGGGCCAGGUGGAGCUCAUGCGGCACAAGGUCAUGUGGAUGCAGGCCUCAAAAACAAUGUUCAGACUGGACAAGGGACAGAAGUGUAAGGUUUGUCAGGGAGACCUCACAGAGCCACAGUUUGCCUGUAACCUCCACGGCGAGCUGGCGCACACCAGCUGCACUGGCUUUUCAUCAUCAUGAAGACGCCGAUGUAGCAAUCUAUUGUUUGCUUAUGCAAAUAUGUGCAUCUCUGCACUCUUAAGAUCACACUCAUCUCUAGCCGGAUAAGUGUCUGCGUCCUACCCAAUCAUUUUUCCAGAUUACACUGUGUCAUCUAGACAAACUCUGUACAAGGAUUCAAUUCAUGCAACUUAGACCAGAUACUUUGCCUAAUUAUAAAAAAGAAAAAUACAUUGUGUAAAUAACUGGUUUCAAAAUGCAAAAGAGCAAGCAGUGCACUUUUUCUGGGCGGCACGUCUGAGCCAUUUCCUACAGACAUUGUAGACAGUAAUAGCUAUAAAGUGGAGGACACUCAGGGACAUAUAUUCACUGAUCAGACAGUAGUGUUUAACAUGGAAACCAUGUGUGGUCAACCUGAUGACCAGAGGGAAUCUGACCAUCUUCCAUGGCUGUAUAUAUGCAUCCCCGCCAUCCUGGUUUCCACUGACUGUGUAUAUUUGUCUGCAUAGAGCUGGAAAUAGAAAGUCAACGACUGAGAGAGGCUGCACGUGAGAGACUUUUUUUAUUCCGCUCGUGCAUUAAUAUACAUUUUUAAAAAAAACACACAAUUACAGGUUUUAGAAAUGAAAAACAAACACAUCAAGGAAGUGCACAGUUUUGGGUCAUUUCUGUUGUAGGUCCAGUGUGUAAGAUUUAGGGGGAUUUAGUGGCG